AUGGAAUCCAUCCUUCAGGAUUGUGGCGAAAGGCUUCAGAGAGGUUUUUGUUGCUGGAAUAAUCUAGUUAAGGAACCGUUUCAGGAAUUGUUGGGAGGUGGGUUAUUCUGUAGUAACUAUGCUUCAAUUGCCCUGCAGUUCACCCAGAAACAAUCCAUUUCAACUUCUGAACAUUUGGUUUGGAGCACUUGUUUGAUGAAUAUUCAGUUAAACACUUGGAUACGAGUUCUUGCCAGAAGGUCAAAUCUCUGCCAUUUAUCUUGGAAUAUUUCUGAAGACAUUCUACGAUUUCUGUUAACUCUACACACUUCUAUGCUUGGAUCUCCAAUGCAAUGA